GGUUGCUGUGAGCUAGGCUGAUGCCACGGCACUCUCGCCCAGUCAACAGAAUGAGACUGUCUCAAAAAAGGAUUAGGGAGGUGGGUGGUUGAAACAAGGGUAGGAAGAAUAAGAACAAAGAUGUGGUGGCUGGAUGGAGGAGAUGAGCAUUUGUAUAUUAUGUACCAGGCUUUGCUAGGUGACAUAUUCAUUUGCUCCUCUGGAUGGCGUGUGAGGUAGGUUAUAGUAUCUCCAUUUUGUAGGUAAGAAAACAAGCUCCAAGAGGUUAAAUGACUUACCUAAACCACAACAUGCUGGUAAGUGUCAGAGCCACUAUGUGGACCCAGAUCUCUCUGACGACAACUCUUUUGCCCAUAUGCUUUGAUACCUCAAAGACCCAUGCCUAAAGCAUGUGUGUGUACCAUUUGCUGUGUUUUGCCUUCAGACACUCGGUUUGACCUGAUUUCUGUAUGUUGUCGUCUUGUGUACGCCUGGUCCCCACAACAGUCCGCCUUGUAGAUUCCCUGAUCUGCAAUUCUUCCCGUUCCUUCAUGGAUUUGAAGGCUCUCCUUUCCUCAUUGAAUGACUUUGCAUCCCUCUCAUUUGCUGAGAGUUGGGACAAUGUUGGAUUACUGGUGGAACCAAGCCCACCACAUACUGUACACACACUCUUCCUGACCAAUGACUUGACUGAGGAAGUGAUGGAGGAGGCGCUGCAAAAGAAAGCAGAUCUCAUUCUCUCCUACCAUCCACCUAUUUUCCGACCCUUGAAGCGCAUAACCUGGAAAACCUGGAAGGAGCGCCUGGUGAUCCGAGCUCUGGAGAACAGAGUUGGUAUCUACUCUCCUCACACAGCCUACGAUGCUGCACCCCAGGGCGUCAACAACUGGUUGGCUAAAGGACUUGGAGCUUGCACCUUUAGGCCCAUACAUCCUUCCAAAGCACCCAACUACCCUACAGAGGGAACCCACCGAGUAGAAUUCAACGUUAAUCACACCCAAGACCUGGACAAAGUCAUGUCUGCAGUAAAAGGAAUCGUAGAUGUUUCUGUUGCUUCUUUUUCUGCUAGGAUUGAUGAUGAAGAACAAACACGGAUCAGUCUGAAUUGUACUCAGAAAGCUUUGAUGCAGGUGGUGGCUUUUCUCUCUCAGAACAAACAACUUUAUCAGAAGACUGAAAUUCUAUCACUGGAGAAGCCGUUGCUUCUGCAUACUGGAAUGGGACGAUUGUGCACACUGGAUGAAUCUGUCUCCCUGGCAACCAUGAUUGAGCGAAUCAAAAGACACCUAGAACUAUCUCAUAUUCGCUUAGCUCUUGGAGUAGGAAGGACCUUAGAGUCCCAAGUCAAAGUCGUGGCCCUUUGCGCUGGCUCUGGGAGCAGCGUUCUGCAGGGUGUCGAGGCUGACCUUUACCUCACAGAAUACAAACUUGGUGUUUCUGCUGUUGUGGUUCAGCAUUCCACAGAUUCCAUGUCUAAUAUACCCUCAUACAGAGAAGAAAAAGGAGGGCUGUAACGGAGAGGCGACUCCAAGAAGCCACACAAGCAGAUGGGGACGGCAGAGCCCGAGGUUUCGAGAAAGCUCCUCUUGGGGAUGUAAAAUACACGUACCCUGUGCGGCUUCGUGGCCCAGAGCACCAAGUCGAAGUCCCCACGCCCGCCCAAGGCCUCACGGGCCUCGGAGCCCCGCCACGCCACGCCACCUCCACUGUUUGAGAGCCACAGGUUCCUCUUCCUCCGGACUUUGCCCUCCGUUCCUUGGAUGGCCUCGAAUGCCAUUAUCUGCCACUCUCCUCCCAAUGUCUGUCGCGAGCUGACUCCCGCUCCGCGCUCCCAGAGGGCCCCACACAGACCCUCCUCUAUGGCCCCAAGGCGCCCUCCGGAAACAGGCUGCUCAGGCAGCGUCACCCAGUGGCACCCGGGGUGAGUGACAGUUCCAGAAAGCACGCAGCCCGCCCCACCCGCGCGCGGAGCCCAGCCCAGGGCCUGGCCGGCGCGGAGUCCCC